GCCCUUUGACGCACCACACUCCUCUGCUGUUGGUCCGGUGCUUUCUGUCCGAGUCCAAUUUCCAAACCCUUCUCUCUCUCUCCUCUCACAUAUACAUGCUAGCGUUGUUUCGAGGCUUCGAUCGAUUUCAAAAGGGCAUAUAUUGAAUUCACGGAUGGGAUAAUUGAAAUCUGAAACCUCCAUUUGGAGCUUGGAAUUGAGUUUGGUACUUGCCCAAUUUGAACAUUGGUUUGUCCAUGCUAGCAUUUCUUGUCGUAAUCGAAAUUUGAGAAUUGGGUUUGAAUUAUUAGGUAGGUCUUUGAUUAUGGAUGGUAACAAGGAUGAAGCUUUGAGAUGCGUUCGCAUUGCUGAAGAAGCAAUUGCUUCCGGUAACAAAGGGCGUGCGCUCAAAUUUAUCAAAAUAGCGCAACGCCUUAAUCAGAGUUUGCAAGUUAAUGAACUUUUGGCUGCGUGUGAGAAGAUCGAUUCGGGAUCUCCUGCAUCUUCCAUUGGUGAAAAGGGUGCUACUGUGAUUAAGAAUGAGCCUGGUGUGGGGAAAUUGGGCCAAGGUUUGAAUGGGGAAGUUAGUUAUACCGAAGAGCAUGUUCAGUUGAUUAGGAAGAUUAAGAGAAACAAAGACUAUUAUGCCAUUCUUGGCGUGGAAAAGACUUGCUCAGUUGAGGACAUUAGGAAGGCUUAUAGGAAAUUGUCAUUGAAAGUUCAUCCUGAUAAGAACAAGGCUCCCGGUUCGGAAGAGGCAUUUAAGAUAGUAAGCAAGGCUUUCAAGUGUUUGAGUGAUGGAGAUUCAAGGAGGCAGUAUGAUCAGACUGGUUUGGUUGAUGAAUUUGAGUACAACCAGCAACACAAUGUGAGGAGGAGGAGGAGGAGAGCUGGGCAUGAUUUGUUUGAUGAUGAUUUCGACCCUGAUGAGAUAUUUAGGGCGUUCUUUGGUCAAUCAGACAUGUUUCGGACAAGUCAUGUUUAUAGGACUAGUAGAACUGCUGGCCAUCAGAGGGAGGAGGUUCAGGGAGGGGGACCUAAUAUCAUGGUUCUUAUUCAACUAUUACCGUUCUUGGUAAUUGUAUUGCUGGCAUAUCUUCCCUUUUCAGAGCCUAACUACUCUUUGCAGAAGACUUACAACUACCAGAUUCCCAAGACAACAGAGAAACAUGGAGUGGAAUUUUAUGUUAAAUCAGAAACAUUUGAUGAAAAUUAUCCCCUUGGAAGUGUUGCUCGAUCUAACAUAGAGAACCAUGUUAUCAAGGAUUACAAGAAUGUGCUUCUACACUACUGUCGGGUUGAACUGCAAAGGCGUCACUGGAGUAAGAAUCUGCCUACUCCUCACUGUGAUAAGUUGAAUAACCUUGGAAUAGCGUGAAGAGGCUAUACGGCUGAUGUUGAUGUAGCUUUAGUGCCACUAUGAUGUUGAGCAUGGACUUGAGAGUACAGCUGGUUAAUAUUGCAAAUGCUGGGGACGAGUUCUUUGGAAGUGACCAAGGAUUGCCUUUCCUCAACAUGACUUGUUGGCCAUACAGCUGUGUGCAGAUGUUGUUCAGGAUGCUGGUAGCGAGGGUUUGGCAUUUAUUUGGUUAGAAAUAAUAGUGUACACAGCUUCUGCAAUUACCUGGGAGGUCAAUACUAGUUACGAAAUAUUAUGAAACUUGAGCAAUAGGUUUGUGAUAAUGAGUUUUUUCACUGAAGAAACACUAAAAUUUCUUUAUAUUCUUUUUGUCAGACCAUGCAGUUUCUGUUUACCAUUUGGUUGUAUUUAUUUCAGAAAGUAAGCAUAUUUAUGUGCAACUUAAA